AUGGUGUUGGCGCUCGAUGCUGCACAGGGACAUGGCUUCUCUGGUUUGCGCAGCAAAGCUUCAUCCCGCCUGAAGACUGAUAUGGCGACAUCACCCGGAGAGGGUACACGGACGGGAAGUUUCGCCCUCCCUUCUUUGGGCUCUAAGGGUUCACGCACCAAGCAGAGUUCGCAGCGUGCGGAGCGGGCGGACGUUGAACAGGCGCGGCACAUCAGUGGCGGCUUGUCGCCCGGGGACGCGAGCAGCCCCCCAUUGCUGGCCGAAGCUGCGUCUGGCAGAUUUUCGUGGGAAACUCCUCACUGGAGUUCUGAACCUCAGUUCGAUCAGCGCAUUCCUGCAAGUGCACCGGUUUCGCCAGUGAGCCUCCAAGGGACGCGGCAACAGCCUUCCCCCGCCUGGGUUGGCCGUCCGGCGACGAAGACUGGACUUGGGACCUUUGAAGCCACUGAGUAUGUAUCGUUGCACACAUCCGAGCAUCGAGGGGCCAGUGUAAGCGACCUCCCCGCUCGUUUCCCGAACUUACCGCCGAGCGUCAGGCAUGAGACAUGCUUGCAAUCCGGGUCCGCGAAGACAACCUUCCAAGCACCGGCAGUUGCAUCUGCGGCACAAGCAUCACUGAGAGAUAAUCCUGAUCAUGACCAGGAACCUGAGGAUAUCGAAAUCAGUCUCGGUUGCAGUUCCCUGAUGGUCGCGAUGAUUCGAGACUUGCUGGAACCGGAGGACGUGGUCCUGCCGCCAGCCAGCGUUACCAACAGGCAGCACAGUCCCAACUUGACGUCUCAUACCGAGGAUAUGGAGCGCGUAAGUGAGAGCCUGCUUGAUCGGGGUUGGCAUUACGAUCGAGCAGUGUCGCCAUCUCCGCGAUAUGCGUUCGGGCGGGACAUACCCAGCUUGCCUUCAAGCACACAGCGUCACUUGCGUCAGGAACGCACUGAACCUGGUGAAGGAAAUCACGGACCUGAGUCGUCGUCUAGGCAUCGUGCUGGACCCUUCUCCAGCCGACCGAGUGGAACUCGCAGAGCAGGCUUGAGCCGUGAGCCGCGACCUGCAGACCAAGCUUUGCGGCACACGAACAGUUCGCUGCCGUCGGAAACCGGAACCCCUUUCGUGCCUACGACGUCCGCAGCGAGCUCGACAUCGAUAUCCGAGAAAGCACAGGCUGGAUUGGCAAAGAAGAAAGCUCGCGGUCUGUGUCGCUUCUGGCCGAACUGCUACCGUGGUGAAAGUCGUUGUCGAUUUUUCCAUCCGGCAGAUGAGGAGGAUGCUUACAAAUAUCUCGUGUGGUGGCUCACAAAUUAUCCGGAGAAUCGCUCGGAAUUGGAAUUUUCGAGCCUGUUGCCGACGCUUCAACAGCGUCUCUCCCCGAUUUGGAAGCAACAACAACAACAUCAACGGCAGCAACAGGAGGAGCAAAUGCAGACUCUGGACAAUCCAUCUCCGUCGCCGAGCACGUCUGCUCCGGUUGACUGCCUUGGGGCAUCUCUGAUGAGCACUCCCUUGGCGGCCUCGGCGCCCUUCAAGUGUCACUGGAGCCACGGCAACGAUGCAGCGACGAUGCAGGUAGAGGACUGGGGAUGGCGACGACGGAAAGUCCCAGAGUUGCCUUCAACUGACGACAGCGACGUACGAGGGGCGCUCUUUCGCACUGGUGAAAGCGAGUCCCGGGACCGAUUGCAUCUUGCGGAUGUGGCAACACUGCUGCCGCCAAUGAUGCACGGUCAGGGUGUGGACAGGAUCCCUGCUUUGGGCAAGGAUCACUCGCAAGCAUCAAACAGCGCGAGUCUUGCUGCUUUGUCGCCAAGAAUACGCAGCUCCCAUGCCGCCGCAGAGCAAAAUACACCAAGCCUCCAACUUCCGCUUAGCAUUGUCACAGACACGCCUUGCAUACCGGUGGAUGAAAGAGAACGCUUCAGCGCCUGCACACCGGGUCCAUGGUCGUCCCUCCAGAACGUCUCCUUGGGUACGUUUACUCAGAGAAGCUCGCGGGAGUCACUCGUCAAACCUAUUGCUACGACACAAGUCUCUAGACAGACGAUACUGACGCCGGUCUCAGCGUCAAGCGAUCGUAUCAGUGACGCGGAGCGAGUAUCACGCUGCCCUGUCUCAACGAGACCUUUCUGGGACCAGACAUGUCUGCCAAAACCGAGUGUUGCACCUGCAAAUGCGUCGCCCGCGGGGUUAAGGCAGCCAGCAGUCCAUCGUAGCGCUGCUGCUGCUGCUGCUGCUGUCUUAUCGUCACCUGGUGUCGAGCGCAGCUCAGCGCACAGCGUAGCCCCAGAGAACUCGCCGCAGGUCCCGUUGAUGCUUCAAGGCGCUACCAGUGCGGUGCAGCCGACAGUCUCGCAACGUCUCGUUCGUAGCGAAAACGGACAAUCAGGGGAGACAGUCUCCACUCAGUGCACCAAUGCGACUACCCAGCUACCCAGUGCUAAGCACGAGAGUGCAACAACGAACCACAAUGCUAGAAGCGAUACUCGGUAUACGAUACCUGCUACGGUAUCUGCAUCCGAUGCUAUCCAGAGCGAGACUGCAUCAGCGAACGAAACUGCUGCAGGCACGGCUACCGCCUCGGUGCCUACUAUGGAUGCUGUCGAAGCGGAGGAGGCAAAAGGCAGCACGAGUGAGGCAGGAGCGUACCGCACGAGGCCAGCUGCCUCGAGCUCCCCGCAUCGCUCCGUGACGACUCCGGGAACCUCUGCUUGCAGCGGCAGUUGCAACGCCUCACAGGAGCCUAUCGCAGCGGAUGCUCACUGGAGGCGUAUUCCCGCCACAAAUGCUCCGCCAUCAACAUCAAUAUCCUUAUCGUCAUCGUCAUCGUCGUCAUUAUCAGCGGCGGAUGCAUCUUCGUCUCCUGGCCUACACAGCGUGAGCCGCACACGAGCGCAGACUCGGGCACAUGGAGCACCGUGUCCAGUCCACGAGAUUCUGUCUGGAUCCUCCGAGUUCGUCCCAGCGGGAGCGAUAUCACCAGCACCAGCGUGCAAUGUUACGGAGCGAGCGUUGAUCAUGUCAGCCGCUGUGCGAGCGCCUCGACGAUCGACUUGGAAGCUUCUCAGUUGUCUUCGUCUUGCGUGCUCAGCAGGGCGGCUCUGGAGGCCCCGAACUGCAGCUCCGCGCUCAUGGCUUCGACGCGCACUGCACUGCCGCUAUACCUCGGCACUGGCGUCGCUCUGGUAUCCCGCAAAAUGUUUCAUCCGAAUUCUGAGUCAGUUUCGGCUCCAGCAUGAUGCCUCUGGGAUACGAUGGGUAGCGAUUCUGCAACGUCUACGGAGUGCCUCACUGGGAACUCGUUGGCGUCGUAGCUCGCGUCGUCGUUUGCUUCAGCGCUUCAGCCAGAUGUUCUUCUCGCUGGAUACCGGCUUUCUGGCGCUCUACGCUAUCUUAUUGCCGCGCCUCGGUAGGCAUAUUCUGCACCAACAUCUCGCCAUGGUACGAGCGAGAGCAUUGCAGCAGUCCGCAGCAUCCUUGGUCGUGGAAUCUGCUCUUGUGGAGCAUCAACCGUCCAUGCCCAUUGGGCUGUGGAUCUUGCACAUCACUUGGCACUUUUUCGUGCUGAGCUGCCUCCUCGGAGGCAACUGGCCACCUGAGCAGCUCACCUGGGCCGACCACGGACUCAUCGAAUGGACCGCAGUCGUGAGUAACGUUCUUGUGCUCGUUACGACGGUUUAUAGCUUCGCCCAUGGCUGGAACGACGUGCCAUAUCCGCGUUGUUUUCAGUGGAUUGAGAUUGACGCGACCUCGAGUAUCAUCUCUGCGUAUGUUUUGGCGGCCUUUCAGAGCCGCACCUCCGCUAGUCGGACCGUAGCACGUUCCCGUCAACACGGCAACGAGGCCUCGGGCCGACUACGACGCUUACGAAUCUCUCCCCGGCUCGUCAUAGGCGAGAACGGUUUCCUGAAGCGACAGCCGGUGCCCAAACCCUGGCCUGUUUGGACGGAGCCGCUCUUCUGGUUGUCCUUGUUGGUGCAGAUCGUGCUCGCACAGUGGCCUGGUCUGGGGGCAACUUACCGCACAGCGGUCUUGCUUUUUAUCGUGCUCUUGACAUUGAGUUUACUCGAGAAAGGUUAA